AUGGCGCCUUCAGUCACGAGUCUUGAACACGAGUGCUCUGUUAUACCAAUCAACACCUUGAAGCUAUCCAAAAGAGCUCCAAAUCAGGUCCCGCAACAAGUCGUCGAUCUCCCACUUACUCUUUCCGAAUCUCAUGUAGUUGAGGCGGCAAAUUCCCAAUACUUGGAGUAUUUGGACCCAGAAUUAGAUCAGGGUCUGGACAUCGAGUCGGUUCUCGUUGUCUGCUGGCUACUGGUGGUAUAUGGCUUCUCUCCCGUGAGAACAAUGUACCUGGCCUUCCAUGCUGGGUCAAAUCUAUGCCAUAUAGAUGGCAAAAGUCAGGGUGCCAACUCUCGCGCUCUUGAAUUUUCCUCGGAGCGUCCUUUGAAGGAUCUCGUUCGGGGUUUUUGUCGUAUCAAGGCGGGCAUCACCUCGAGUGAUCCUGACGAAGGGUCGGCUUCCGAUGAGAAAAAUCACCUUCUCACUUCGGUUAUCCGUUAUGCCGGUGACCGUAAAGCUUUGCAAGAGGCACCCCUGCUGGGCAACUCAAAGAUCCCCAAUGCAAAGCUGAUGCUCAACGUGAAAAACUCAAAUGGCAAUUUGCACGCGAGCCUCGCGUUCUCGCCGCUUGAGAUGUCCAGAGAAUUUGCAACAAGUCUUCUUCACUGCUUCAACAAGGUCGUCGGAUCCAUAUACCGCUCCCCCGCAACUUCUCUGGGCGACCUUGAUUUAUGCUCCGAUCUGGACCUCAUUCUCCUCCAAAAGUUUACGAAAGAGGUCUCGGAAUCUCACGAGGUCCUGCUACAUGACAUGGCAUUGGAGCAUGCACGACUGACACCGGAUGCUCCUGCAAUUUCCUCCUGGGAUGGAAAAUUCACCUAUAAAGAGUUGGAUGAUCUCACAACUCGUCUUGCUCUUCACUUGACCACAAUUGGCGUUGGUGCCGAAACCUUCGUGCUCAGUUGUUUCGAAAAGUCGGCUUUUGCAAUUAUUGCGCGCCUUGCUAUUUUGAAAGCCGGCGGAGCGUACAUAUCCAUCGAUGCCAGCGAUCCUCCCAUUUUCCUCGACUCGGUUAUCACUCGCGUCAACGCUAAAAUUAUGCUUACAUCUCCCGAGUGUGCAUCAAAAUAUACAUCGCUCAUUUCAAACGUCAUUUCGAUCACAGAAGAGAGUCUAAAAGAACUUCCCACCGGACCGCUUUCUUCCACAGUCCAACCAGGAAACGCCUGUCUAAUUCUAUUCACUUCCGGUAGCACGGGUCAACCUAAAGGCAUUAUCCAGGAACAUCGAUCUUACGCCACAGCAAUCCGCGAUUACAACAAAGUCCUUGGUCUCGGCCGACACAGCCGUGUCUUCCAGUUCGAUGACUACGCAUUCGACAUCAGCAACAAUGAUUACCUCACAGCUUUGGCAGCCGGUGGCUGUUGCUGCGUUCCGACACCCGAAAAGACCAUAUCGGGCCUGAUUGAAAAUAUCAACCUCAUGAAGGCUAAUAUGAGCUUCAUGACUCCAACAAUCGCAAUUCAAAUCAAUCCCAAAGACGUCCCAUCGCUGGAACUGCUCUGCGUCGGAGGCGAGCCCAUGUCAAAUGACCUCCUCAUGAAAUGGGGUCCUCACGUCAAGCUGGUAAAUCAGUACGGAAUGGGCGAGGCAGCCACCUUCUGCGCCUACAAUGACAGCCCCAAGGCAGGCCAUAAUGCCGUUGUCGGCAAAUCUGGUAGCGGUGCCAUUUGGAUCGCGAACGCUUCUUUGCCUGAGCGGCCAGUGCCCGUCGGCGCUGUCGGCGAAAUCUUGAUUGAAGGUCCCCACCUCUCUCGUGGGUACUUGGAUGACCUAUGCCAGAAACCCGAUGUGGGAUUCCUCAGUGAAGUUCCUCGGUGGAUUGCGGAUCUCCAACCAUCACGAGCAUUAACCUCCCGUAUUUACCGGUCCGGUGAUCUGGGGCGGUAUCGCCACGAUGGCACGGUGGAGCACAUGGGUCGAAAGGAUACACUUCUCAAACUGAACGGUGGUCGUGUUGAGUCGACUGAAGUCGAGUACAUCCUUCGAAAAACUCUUUCACCUGGUGAUUUCACCGUAGUCGAUAUGCUCGGUGAGAUUGACGGUAGCGAUGAUCCCAUCCUGGUGGCUUUUGUUUACCUUGUUGAUAACCCGGCAAACCUUCUUCCCGGAACCUCAGACCUUGAAAUGUCGUUCCUUCCGAUAACGAAUCGUGUCAGAGUAAACAGGCUGGUAGAGGCGAUGCAUAAUGAAGUCUCAAGCACACUGCCGAAGCACAUGAUGCCCAGCUUGUUUCUCCUUGUCGACCGAAUCCCCCGCACAAGGUCUAACAAGCUUGACCGCAGAAAGUUGCAUCAAAUCGCCCAAAAAUGGUAUAUGGCGAAUUGA